AUGUCCGACUUGGAGCCUAUGACCAGUGACGCGCCAGAGACUGCAGAUCUAGGACCUGAACAACCAGCAAAUGUCGAGAUCUCUGCAUCAAAUUCGUAUGUCGAUGCUGAGAUAUCUGAACAACCAGUAGCUGAAGAUCCCGUAAUAGACACCGCUAGCAUAACGAACGAAUCAAUACCCGAUUCAACCACCAUAGAACCUCCCACCUCCCUCCCAGACCAACAGAUCUCGCAAACAUUAAAUACGAUACCAACCGACGACGCAAAUGAAAUACGCCCACAAGAUACCCAAGAGAUUGAAGCCGUGGAAUCAAAAGCCGAAUCAGUUUCAGAACCUGCUGUAUUUUUAACCGAGGUUAAUGUCUCCCAGCCUUCGACUUCUGCCUUCCCACCACUGGCUGACAAUCAGGCUCCAUCGUCUGCUCGUAUCAUGGCUGAACACGGAUGGAGAGAGGGUAGUGAAGUUGCACCGAAUACCAUGGAAUUAGCGAAUGAUGAGGCUGAUGAUGAAGAGAUGGAGGUGCUGGAUGCUGAUAACCCAUUGAUGCAACGAGUCCAAGAUGCUCUAUACAAACAACUCUCAGAACGAAAUGCUGCUUUGGAGUUGAGUCUUCGUGAACGUGAAGAAUCCGUGAAGCAAGCCAUGACGAGACGAGAAUCUAUCGGUGUGGAAUUAUACGCUCUACAACAACGACUCGCUAGUUUGCAGCAAACUCUGGAGUCCGCUGAUGGUUCGUAUCAGGAAAUCAAGUCAUUCCGUGAAGAGACCGAAAGCACGCUUAAAGUAGCUUCUGAACGGUACAACAAUCAGAGGCAGGGACUGAAUGAACGUGAACGGACAUUGGACUCACAUCGUCAGGAACUCGAAAAGAUCACAAGAGCCAUCAAACAAGUCGAACUUUACAAUGAGCAACUCAAAUCUGAGAUCUCGGUGGCUCGACGAACGACUCUAAAGGCCGAGCAAGACAUGCUAAAGCAGGAAAUGGAGAAAAAGAGACAGGACUUCUUCAUCGACAGCUUGACCGAGAAGCACCACCGAUUAAACGAGCAAAAGUCUCUCUACGAGUCCCAGUACGAAUCUCAACAGCGUGAAACCAAGGCUGCUCAAGAGACACUCCAAGAUGCUGCGAUGGAAAUGGAAGCCAUUCAGUUUGAGAAGAGACAACUGUUGCAUCAGUGGAAGUCUUCCUUGUUGGCUUUACAGCGACGUGAUGAGGUUUUGAAUGGGAUCGAGAAGGAUAUUGCAACCAACAAGGAAACAAUUCAGAACAUCCAGAACGAACUCUCAGCCUUCCGGACAUCCCUACGCAAGGCUCAAGAGCAAGCUGAAUCUCUGUCUGCUACAGUAACCAAACUGGAAACCGAGACAGAUUACGUUCAACGUCAAAUGGAUAACUCUUCUGACGCCCGGUCUAAAUUGAGUCAAGAUUAUUCGGUUCUCAGCCAUGCUAUUCAGCAGAGUGAACAAGAGUUUACGAGAGCAACUCAGGAACGACAAGCCAUCCUGCUCGAGCUCUCAAGUCUAACCAAGACUCUCCAAAAAACCAACGCUGAAGCACGAAAAACCGAAAUCGAAGUCCACGAAAUGCUGCAGACGCAACUUUCAGCCACAAAAGGUUCUCACGGUGCACGCCGUGACAUUACACGUGUAGCAGCUCUGGUCUCUGAAAAAGAAGCUCUCGCAAUACAAAUUCGAAAUGAAAUCUCCAACGCCCAGAUGGAAUCCCUCCAGGUAUUCGGCCGAAUUCAAGAACUCGAGAAAUCAAGUACACGAAUCGAAGACCAGACCCGAGAACGUGAAAUGCUGAUUCAGCGAUACGAGGACGAUAUACGUCGUGGGCAAGAGACACUGGCUAAACGACAAGGGGAAGUGGAUUUGCUGAAUAAAAAAUACGAUCAAUUGCAAUCUAAUCAGCUGGAUGAGACUACUGGGCCACUCGAAUCUGCUAUCAGUAAUUUGACGAGGACUAUUUCGACGAGAGAGGAAGAGUGUAGUGGACUGCAGCAGCAGUGGUUGCGAGUACAGAAUGAGUUGGUCGUGUCGGCUCGAUUGCAUGCUGAGGUGGCAGAUCAGAUCAGCGAAGCUAGGACGAGGCUGGCUGUUUUGACGAGGAAGAGGGCUGUCGUCAACAAUGCAUUCGAAACCGAGGAAGCAGAAAUCCGAUACCAUCAACGACAAGUUCGGCAGCUACAAGCUGAUAUGGUUAAAAUCAAUACCCUUGCUGCUAAACAAUCAACAAUCAAGUCGAAGAUUGAAGAGAGUAAUCUCUUGUUGGAGCAAGAUUUCAGGGCGAAACUCAAGGAUGCAGAAUUGGAUUCCGUUAGACUUGAACAAGCAAUUGAAGAUUCAAAGGCUGAGCGGGAACGUGCUCUGCAAGGCUUAGUUGAAGCAGAACGCCAAAUAAUGCUCUGGCAAAAGAAAAUCCAACUCGCCAAAGAAACCCAAUCCGCACUAGACCCAGAAGAAGGAGCAUCAGAAAUCCGGGAGAUGACUGCUGAGAUACAUCGGAUGCGUCUUCGUGCUGCGUCUCUAACCAAACUACAAGAACAGCUCGUGCAAGAAAUGGAGCGUGCUGUGUUGCGGCGGGGAAGUAUUGCCUUCCGAGCUGGUGUCAACAAGGCGACUGGCAAUGAAUCUGGCAAGGAUAUAUUGAAAAAACAAGCGCAAGAUAUUGGAAAGAAGUUGAAGCAGGCUAUGGGAGAUGCCAAGGCUGCUGAAGAAGUUCUUCAAAUGUUGAGAAAAUCAUUAUCUCAAGCCAUGGAACAAGCUGAGUCGUCUGAAUCUUCGUGUCAGACAAUGGAAGCAAAGGAACGUGCUCUCAUACUUCAGACUGAGAACAAGAUGACUGAAAAGCAGUUGAUUGGAACUUUGGCAAUCAUAUCUCAAAAGCAAGCUAAACGAUACGAGGAAAUCAAGGCUGGUGGAUACAAGCUUCAAUGGAAGGUACCUGAAAAUCGUACUGCGGAGUUGGAUAAGCAGUAUGAGCGUGCUAAUAAGGUACUGGAUACCAUUAAGGAUUUGGAGAACCAAUACGGGCAAUUCAUAUCCGAUAUGGUGAAGAACUAUGUGGCUGCAUCUUCUAAACCAUACCCACCAGCAAUUUCCGCAUCUCGACCCUUAUCGGUGCUCGAUGUUGGCAGGGACUGA